AGUACUAACCAUAAUGCAUACGCACUUGAUGUGCUCGUGUGUUUCAGAAUGACUAUGCAUCCAAAAGUUGAAGAUAAAUUUAAGUUUAAAGACGGGUGGUUCAUUCGUAAUUAUGAAAAAAUCACACAACCUAUGUUUUUUUUAGAUGAAGAUGAUAGUAUCGUAAAGUUUAAAGGGAUCAAAAAG